UCUGUCACAGCUCUUCUGGACUUUACUCUGAGCAGGGUCAAAUCUCGCAAAAUGGAUAUGAAGCUGUUUGCAGUCUUGGCUGCGCUCACGUUGAUGAUAUAUGUGCCUCCAUCACAAGCAAAGCCCAUAAGUCUGGUGGAGAGAUGCUACUGUCGUUCAACAGUCAACAGCCUCCCACGAGGCUACAUCCGAGAGCUCAGGUUCAUCCACACGCCAAACUGCCCCUUCCAAGUGAUUGCCAAGCUGAAGACAAACAAAGAGGUGUGUCUGAAUCCAGAAAUCCCGUGGCUGCAGCAGUACCUGAAGAACGCCAUCAAAAAAAUGAAGAAAUCCAAACGGAGCAACUAAAACUUCCUGCCGAGAUCCUCCUGAGCCAUUGAGGGUUUGAAGUAUCGCAGCUAUUUAACAUGUGAAAUGAGAUCAUCUGGUAUGUCGAACAGCACUUAUCCCGGCUGGCUGCCACGCUGCGGCCUUUUGCAUGAAAUUAAUCUACAAUCCUUCAUCGUGAACAUCAAUCCACCAGCUUCGCCGCCGUCCUCAACAUCACGUCCUCACAACUUAUAGAGAUCGUAGACAUUAUUAGUGCAAUGUGCAAUUAUAUCUGUGAGUGUAUGUUUUUCUAACUGUAAUGUAGAUGCUUUUUUGUUAAUGGACAUCAACAGCAAAGAGCUACUUUUUUAAAGAGAUUAUCACAUCUCUCUAGCCUCUGUGUCAUUUAAGAAAAAGGAUUGACUGCGGGGUCAAAGUGUUAAAGGGAGGGAGGUGAUGGUCAGCAGGGGGAUUUUCUCCACAACAAACAAGAGUUAACAUCCCACUUGCAUGUAUCAGAGUCCUUUCCUAUUCUAAACAGAAAAUAGAUUAUAUCUCAUCCUAUGGGCUCUGCUUGACAUGAUCGUCUCUGAUUAUAAAUUGUAAAAAAAUUGACAACAAUGUAAAGCUUCUGUUCUAAAAACAUGCAGAGCUGCAGACUUUGCCAAGUCGUAUUUCAUGUUUCAAGUUAAUUGGUGCUGUGGAAUUUCAAUGGGUGCCAGUUACCCCCAGACUGAAUGUAAGAUGUAUAAAAUAUCCUAGUAAAAAUGGCUAUUACAAUGUUUUUGUGAUGGAAAUUAGGAUGCCAGAAGAGCUGGAGCAUUUCCUGAGCUGUUCUGUGGCUGUGAUUAUGUUACCCAACAUGACUGCAUUUUUCAUUCUAAAAGAAAAGCUGAACAUCUGGAUUUCAAACCUGUUUUAAUUGAACGACCAUUGAGUCGAAAUUUACUGGAAUCAUAAAACUGUGUCGCUUAACAAGAGAAGUUAAGAACAAAUGGUGACACUCACCAAUCACAGUAAGCUGCCUUACCAAAUCAGUGGAAAAGAACACAUGUCAGCUGAAUUCUAAAUUAAAUAAACCUUUAGGAUGAAUGUCCAUUUCAAAAAAGGAUAUACUGCAAUUUGAAUAACAGUUACCAGAUCAGAAGUUAAACACAAUGUUAUACUGAGAGCCACCGUAGAAAAAGUAUACUAUUACUGACAAUAAAUAGAUGUGACUACCUAUGACUGUCAUGCAGAUAGCAAAGCACUUUAUAUCUGAUGUAUUCAUGUUUUAACAACAACAUUUACUAAGUUUGAUCAUUAAAUUCUGUCUUUUUUAUGUUAAUCAUGCUGUUUGCAUUCUGUUCUUUUUGAUCAUUGAAUGUGUAGCUGCAUUUAACUGUUAAAGCCUGGAGAUCCUUUCAUAUAUUCAUUUUAAUCUCCUUAUCACCUGUACAAUUAAUAUUAUACAAAUGUUUUAUUUUUGUACUCAUUUAUGCAUUUAUAUAUUAAAUCUAAACAUUAAAAUGAAGGCAAUGUAUUCUCACAAUUGAGUCUCACAGCCAAAGUUUUAUUGUAAAACUGGUUGGUCAGUAAAAAAAUAAAUAAAUCUUUGUAAUCCUUA